AUGUCAGACUCGGCUUCCGUCAUCCUUUUCGAUGCCAAAGAGCACGCCCACGUGACGGUCUAUCUUGCCGCCAUCCACGCAUCCUGCAUUACCCACGAUCGCACAAUAGCUACCUUUCUUCCGCCCCUCUCGCACGGGAAGCUGCUAUCAUGGUGGAAGGCCCGCAUAGCAGAACUCGCAGACGGCAGCCGGGUCAUAUUCUUGCUGCUCGACGGCACAAACCCCUUGGGGAGCAUAGAAGGACCCGAGAUUGUCGGCGUCGUCAUGCUGGUCCUCCCGUCAUCAGAGACGGGACCCUUUCGGUGCCUGGUGGAGAAGUUGCUCAUCCACAGAAGAUUUCGGGGAAGAGGCGGCGCCAGGUUGCUGAUGAGUGCGUUGGAAGCCGAGGCGCUGAAGCGCCGCCGAACAUUGCUGCUGUUGGACACGGAGACUGGGAGCCCGGCCGAGGCCGUCUACAAGAAACUGGGCUACACGGAGAUGGGAAGAAUCCCGGGCUAUGGCAUCAGCCCCACGGGAGAUCUGAAAGAGGGCACCUUCUUUUACAAAGACAUCUCGGCGCAGAGGUAUACCGAGUGA